AUGAAAGGCAAUUCUGUUGCGGUGUUAUUCCCUCUGCUGAGUAUUGUGUCCAUCGUAUGGACGUACUAUCUGUUUAUUCUCGCUCAGAACAUCCACGAGUUCGUGCCUAAAGUCCCAGUACGACCAAGAGAAUACACCUAUGCAUACGAAGACUUCCCCGAAAGCCUCCCCCUUGAACUCACACAACCCGUCGAACUCCUCACCUCCGAAACACGCCACUAUUCCCUGACCCGCGAUACUGUCUCCAACAACGAGUGGUUCUACACCUCUCCGCACGAGCAAGGCGCGGUUCGCAUCGGUCCACAGAACCGGACAUUCUUCAUCACUAUGUUUCACGAGAUGCACUGUCUGCGUUACUUCCGCAACAUCCUCACGGACCGCACGGAUGCGGACUGGCCGCACGUCCAGCACUGUUUCAACAUGCUGAGGCAAUGGACGCUGUGCGCACCAGAUUUGACGUUGGAGAGUGGGGAUUUUAUGCAGAGGGAUUUCGAGACGGAGAGGGUGGGGGAGAGGCACGUGUGCAGGGACUGGGAGGCGAUAUAUGAUUGGGAGACAGGAGAGUGGGCCCAUUGGUACAAGUAUCUGAAGACGCACAAUAUUACAGGCAAGUCGCUCCGAUUGACUUAUCCUUUAUGA